CUUGAUUAUAUUUAUUUAUUUGGCCAGAAGAACAAGUUUGCAAUUACUAAUGACAAGGGUAGGCUCUCAAAGGAGGAGAUUGAGAAGAAGGUACAAGAAGCUGAGAAGUACAAAUCGGAGGACGAGGAACACAAGAAGAAGGUGGAGGCCAAGAAUGCUCUUGAGAACUAUGCCUAUAACAUGAGGAACACAAUCAAGGAUGACAACAUUGCUUCUAAGUUGUCUGCUGAUGAUAAGAAGAAGAUUGAAGAUGCUAUCGAGCAUGCAAUUCAAUGGCUGGAUGGAAACCAACUUGCAGAGGCUGAUGAAUUUGAAGACAAUAAUGAAUUGAAGCAUCAAGUAUGCUAUUGGGUGAUUAUAGUAAAUCACAAAUUUUAUUAGUUUUUCCCUUGUUAAUUGUGUUUAAUUGGCUUUGUUUGAACUCAUUCCAGAGCUAUUGUUAACAUUGUCUACUAUUCCAUUGUGAUACAGUUUUGUGUAUCU